AUGGCCUCCGAGUUUGCAAAACUUUGUGAAAUGUGCUCAAAGCUGGACAUACAACGCAUUACGCACCUCCCCCAUCCCUGCCGCGAGCUGCUGCCCUGCUCAACAUCCCCAAACGUGGGCAGAUACCCAGCAUAUAUCGCUCUUGGAUCUGUCGGUGAAAUCAAGAGUCGGCGCUUAGGUUGCGAUCUUUGCCAUCUCAUCGCCGAAAGACUGGAUAAAGAGCCCUCAGACCUCAGUGGAGAAUGUCGUAUAACGGAAAUCUCAGAGUUUUGCAAUUUCAAGUUGCCGAAGACAGUCGAGGUGCAAGAUCCCAGCGUUACGCAUUUCCAUCUUACACAGGCCUCCGUGAUUUUUGAUACGUCCGAGGCGAAUCUGUUCCAGGGACCUUCCCUCCCUUGGGAACUCAAAUCGAGAGAUACCCGAGGAACCCACUACAUUCUUUGUUUGCAGGCUAAGGCCAGAUCCUACGCCGAAGCAAGAAAUCCAACUCUGGUAUCCACCCAAACGGAACAAGAAUUUCUCGGCACCAUCGGCGGCAGAUGCGUUUCCGUACAAGUAAAUACACAGCUCAUACGCUCAUGGCUCGAACAGUGUGAAAACAAGCACGGGAGGGAUUGCAGGCCUUCCUUGCCACUUCCGGUGGAACAAGCUAGAGAGCCGACCUUCGUGAUUGACGUGAUCCAGUCAUGCCUCGUGUAUACUCCCUCGCAAUGCCGCUAUGUUGCCUUAAGUUAUGUCUGGGGUACAGUUCCCGUUUACAAGCACCUUGAAGAGAACACCCAAAAUCUUCGGAAGACAGGUUCCUUACACUCAUUGCCUAUCCCCGCCACAAUUCAAGAUGCCAUUAUCCUAGUACACGCCAUCGGAGAGCGCUACCUAUGGGUAGACUCACUUUGUAUCAUCCAAAAUGACUUGCAGAUGCUGCAAGCGGAGAUCACGCGGAUGGGAUCAAUUUAUUCGAAAGCUCUGUUUACUAUAAUCGCCGCCUCUGGGGAUAAUGCAGACAGUGGCCUUCCAGGUGUCAGGCGGGGAUCCCGUGAACAAGUACAGAAGGCUUUGAAGUUCACCAACUGUGAACUCCUGACGGUCAUUGAUGUCCGUCAGACACCAGGUGGGCUCGACGACACACCGUGGGCACAGCGGGCAUGGACAUUCCAGGAACGAAUCUUGUCCAACCGGGUGCUGGUAUUCUCGGAGAGUCAAGUUUACUGGAGUUGUCGUGCAGCAGUGUUCUCAGAAGAACGAGCUCUAGAAGAUGUCCGGGACAUCGAUCAGCGGCUCUUUUCAUUCCCCCAGAAAGUCGCCGCUGACUGUCUGUCCUGGGAGCCUCUGCAGCCAUCCGAGUAUGGCGAUCUCUAUGCUGACCUGCUCUCCGGUUACCGAAAGCGGCGCUUGAGCUAUCAAACAGAUAUUCUGAACGCGUUUAAUGGCGUUUCCGAGAUUCUUGCAGCACUCCAGGACGAUACAUUCUUCUGGGGCCUUCCGGGAUCACUUUUUUCAUAUGCAAUGACAUGGCAUUUCACCGGUCAUUCUACACGAAACCAUGUUCUUGUCCCCAUCGUCGGAAGCAACGGCCUCAAAGAGACGAUCCCAGUUCCUUCCUGGAGCUGGGCGGCAUGGUCGGGGGACUCAAACCAUCCUCCUUUUCUCCAUGCUGGAGAUGGCGGUCCUGUGCGACCUGUAAUUGAUUUCAACAUAGUGGACUCAAAGCAUCAGCUGAUUAGGAUUAAAGAACGGCCAUGGCAGGACCACCCAAAUGAUGGCGUUCAUCCUUUAUGGCAGGAGCAGGAACCUCACCGGCUCCAAUCUCUCACACAGUGUUCCCAUUCCCAAAUUGGCCAGUUGUACUUCUGGACCAGUUUUGCGAAUGUAAGAGCUGUUCGACGCUGGAGAGUCCAGGGACCGCAUCGGGUGGGUAGGGUGGAAUACACACUUUCCCCACCUCCAAAUUUUCAACCAGACCAAGGGCCCGCCAAUUAUCGCUCCGAAAUUGUACUCCAGGACUUCAUCGUGGUUGCGGCACGUGGUGUUAGAACUCUGAUCCUUCUGGCUAUCGAGUGGAAAGAUGGUGUAGCAUACCGAGAGGGAACAGUUGCAGUUGACGAAGCGGACUGGCUUCAGAUCAAGAACAGGCAGUGGCAGUUGAUCACACUGGGAUGAUUUACAUAAUUACAUGGAAUGGAUAGCUACGCACUUCAUAUGCUUGCCUCUUUUGCUACCCACUUUAGCAUUGGAGUUGCAGCGAUGAGCCGGGACG